UUCGAUAACUUCGGUUGUCAUAAAAAUUAUACUUAUAAAUACAACUAAAAAACGCCAGUUUUUUGCUCUUUAGAAAAGGAAACAUGUAGUUAUCAUAUUAUCAAGAUGCUUGUUGUGCAUUUAACGGCUGUAUACGGAAUGGAAAGAAAAAUUUGUUGUUAAACUUUCAAACUGAAUGGCUCCAACUGAUGCUACUUUACCACCAACAGUUGAUGAAGAUGAUAGUCUUCCAACAGCAGGAAUUAUUUUUAUUGCCAUUGGUGCUUAUAUUGUCAUUUUCACCCUUGGCAUAUUAAUACGGCAAUGUUUACUGGCAAGAGGCUUAAGCAUUUGUCCUGAAUGGGUGCACGAGAUGUGUUGUACAACAUGUGCUUGUAUGUCCUGUGUUGGUAUCGCUCACUGUGCAGAACUUUGUGAUUUCAAUGUUCCAACAAAACGUUCAUGUCUUGAUUGCUGUUGUCCAACAAAAGAGAGAUGUGAUGAAAUGUUCUGUUGUUGUAUGAACCAAUUGCCUGGUGGAACAUUGUGUGAUGAUUGUGCAGGACCAGAAUGUCAGUGUGGAGACUGCAAUUGUGCUUGCAACUGUCAAUUACCUGAAUGCAAUUCCAUCAACUGUAUUUGUUUUGAGAUACAACUAAAGCAACCUGGAUAUUCAGGGAAUGCCCAGGCUAAUUCAGGCUACUAUGGACAAUAUCCAGGACAAAAUGUAGCAUAUCCUGGUCAAAAUAUCAAUUAUGGGCAGCAACUGUCACAUACCAACCCACAAGCCUGAGAGGACAGAACAUAAACUUACUGUAAUUAACUUAGAACCACAAUUAAUACUCUACACAUCCUUGAAACAAUAUGGUUGGGAAGGAACCAUCUCACCCUAGUUCCAA